AAAAAUCUGGCAACCUGGAAACGCUGAAUCAAUGUGAAGUUUUUAAAAUGGCUGGAUUAGUUCAGGAUUGUUUUUCAAUAGGAAGUACUGUAGCUUGUACAACAUGUUACAAUCAAAAUAUUGAAGGCGAAGUACUUGCGUUUGAUCAACAAACGAAAAUGCUUAUAUUGAAAUGUUUGUCCGCUAGUAACACAACUAAGCUAAAUGACGUUUUUAUUGUCAAUCUGGCGCUGUGUAGCGACGUCCAGGUAAAAAGAGAAGUUAACUUGAUACCAGAUCCACCACUGUCUUUAAAUUUGCAACGCUUGAGUACACGAGUUCGGAAUCAGGUAGAACAAAAAAGACGCCAAGUUUCAGCAUUAGCAGCAGGAGUUAGUCCAGAAGGGCAAAAUCUUUUCUUAGCAAUAGCACGCACUAUCAAUCAGGUUUCGUGGUCUGGGCCUAACAUUGUUGUUUUUCAAGAUGUUACUAUCACUCCGCCUUAUAAAGUAGAUAAUGUGAACGGCUCACCAGAUUCCAGGCAGUUGACAUAUGUAAAAAAAAUUGUCGAAAAGCAUCUCAAUGAUAAAGUAUCAGCAACUUCAAGCAUACCGUCUAUGGCAGUCUCUUCAAAACAGUAACAUAGUAGAUUGAGGGAAAAUAACUAAACAGCCCAUACCAUCAACAGCAAUUAGGAUUUAUGAUGGGAGUAAUCCAAAUCAGAAGCAAGACGUAUAUAGUCCGAUUGAUAUAAUCUUAAAAAGAUUUUAAUGAAUACAACUGAAAACAAGUACCAAAA